UCACUGUCUGCAACCCUCGCGACAGGGACGAGAGGCAGUGGGCGCUACGGGGUCAGGGGCAGCUGUCCUUGCACACCCCAAGAAGGAGAGCGAUUUUUGGUGGCCUUUAGCCACAGCUUUUGGAAGCCAAAGGUCUGUUCAGAUCCCCGUGGCCAUGCUGUGGGACACUGUGGGACAGGGACAGGCAAAGCGCAGCCGGCCCCCUCACCACCGGGGCCCGGCACAGCUCCCCGCCAGCCCUGCGCAGCGGGAGGAGCACAGGCAGGAGCAGGAGGCGCUGCGGGCUCAGCUGGAGGGCGAGCGGCUUCGCUCCCAGGAGCUGCUGCGCUGCCACACCGCCAAGAGACGCGAGCUGCAGGAGGUGGCACAGCGGGAGCGGCAGCUCCUGGCCGACCGACUGCGUUGUGCCUGGGAGAAGCAGCAGGCCCUGGAGGAGCAGCAGCUGAAGGAGCGGGAGCAGCGGCAGCGGGCGACGGAGACCCGGCAGCUGCUGCGCUGGAAGGAGGCCGAGCUGCACGCCACCAAGGAGCUGCUGCAGCGGGAGUGUGAUGCUGCCCUGCGCCAGGCUCGGGAGCUGCAGCAGCUGCUGGCCCAGGAGCUGAGGAGCCCCCACAGGAGCAGCAGGAUGGCCCGCCCCCAGCUGCAGGACGUCCUCAGCAAGCUGCGCUGGGAGACGGACGGUGAGCAGCCUGCCUGCAUCCGCCACCUCCAGCAUCAGCUGGAGCUGGAGAGGAGGCUGUUCAGCCAGUACAUUGUGGGGAGCUGGGAGGGCAAGCCCCAGCACGUGGAAAGCCGUGCUAUGUCCUGCUCCCAGGACAGAGAGAGAGCUCUGGGCCGCCACUGUGCAGAGCAGGGCUCCAGUCGACCGGCUGUGAAGGAUGCUCACGUCCAGGUGCCAGAGACAGCCAAGGAAGAUCUGGGGCUCCCAGGCAGCCGGCCUUCUCCCCACCGGGGCCUGGCACAGCCCCCCAUCUGCCCUGUGCAGCGGGAGGAGAAGAGCCAGGUGCGGAAGGCACUGCAGGCCCAGCUGCAGGGCGAGCGGCUCCGCUCCCAGGAGCUGCAGCGCCGCUGGGCCGCCGAGAGAUGUGAGCUGCAGGAGGCAGCAGAUCGGGAGCGGCAGCUCCUGGCCAACCGACUGCGCUCCAAGUGGGAGCGGGAGCGGGCGUCAAAGCUGCAGCGCCUGUGGGAGCAGAGCCAGAGGCAGCGGGACGCAGAGAUCCGCCAACUGCUGCAGGCAAAGGAGGCCCAGCUCCGCCAGAUGCAGGAGCGGCUGCAGAAGCAGCGCAACGACACCAUACGCCAGGCAUGGCAUCUGCAGCGGCAGCUGGUAGAGGAGCUGCUGAAAGGUGGCAGCAGCCGCAGGGAGCGCGGAAUACAUCAAGAAGUCCAGCGGCAGCGCUGCUGGAAGCCCCGUGGAGAGCAGGCUGCCCACGUGCUGCGCCUCCAGCGUGAACUGCAGGAGCAAAGGAGAGGCUUCCUGCAGUACAUCCUGCAGCACGGUGAGGAGCAGCCGCCCGUCUCCUGCAACAGGGCCAGGGCCUGCCAUCAGGCUGUGGCAGAGGUGGGUGUUCAGGCUGAAGAGCAACAAGAACCCUGCCCACCUGAGCGCAUGGAGCUGCAGGAGCAGAACGCCCAUCUGCUCAGGGAUCUGCUGAAGAAUCUACAGAGACAAGGCAGAAUCCUUGGAAAGGAGAGCUGCCUGCUGAGCAACAAAAGCUCUCAGCAGAUGAGGGAAGAGGUGGAGUGGAUUGAGGACAAGAGGCGUAUGAUCAGCCUCGCUACCCAGCAGCCGUGUGAAAGAGUGCAGCAGCUCAAGGAGUCCUCCUCCAAAUCCAGAGAGGACAAAGAAAAGGCAGAGGAAUUCGACCACCUGAAGGGACAGAAUUUGGAAAAGGAGAAUGGCAAAGUGCAGGAGGCGCAAGGACAUCCAAAACAGCAAUGCUCCAACCCACAGAAAAGGUUGGAGGAGAAAUGCAGGCAGCUUCAGGAGAUCACCAGAAAGCUGAGGCCACAUGGAAGUCCCAGACAGGAAUCACAAGCCCAGCACUGCCUGCUGAGAGAAGAACGCCCUCCAGAAGUGGGCCAGGAGCUUCAAAGGCUCCAGCAGGCUGGGGCCAAACUUGGAGUGCUCACCAAGAUGCUGCAGGAGAAAUUCAGGCAGCUCCAGGACAUCAGGAGAGAGCUGAGGCCACAGGGAAAUCCUAUACAGCAAUGGAAGGCCCAGCCAUGCCUUCUGAGAGAGGAAUGCCCUCCUGACAAGUGCCAGGAGCUGCAGAGGCUCCAGCAGGCUGGGGCCAUACUUGGAGUGCUCAGUGAGCAACUGGAGGAGAAAUGCAAACAGCUCCAGAUCGGGAGAAAGCUGAGUCCACAUGAAAAUCCCAAACAGCAAUGGAAGGCUCAGCACUGCCUGCUGAGUGUGGAACACCCUCCUGAAGAGUGCCAGGAGCUGCAGAGGGUCCAGCAGGCUGGGACAAAACGUGCAAUACUCAGGAAUCAGCUGAAGGCGACAUGCAGGCAGCUCCAGACUGGGAGAAAGUUGAGGCCACAGAGAAAUCCACAACAACAAUGGAUGGCCCAGCAUUGCCUGCUGAGGGAGGAAGGCCCUCCUGAAGAGUGCCAGGAGCUGCAGAGGCUCCAGCAGGCUGGGGCAAAACUUGGAGUGCUCAGCGAGCAGCUGCAGGUGAUAUGCAGGCAGCUCCAGAUCGGGAGCAAGCUGAGGCCACACGGAAUUCCCAAACAGCAAUGGAAGGCCCAGCCAUGCCUGCAGAGGGAGGAACACCCACCUGAAGAGUGUCGGAAGCUGCAGAGGCUCCAGCAGGCUGGUACCAAUCUUGCAAUACUCAGCGAGCAGCUGGAGGAGAGUUGCAGGCAGCUCCAGAUCGGGAGCAAGCUGAGGCCACACGGAAUUCCCAAACAGGAAUGGAAGGCUCAGCACUGCCUGCUGAGUGAGGAAUGCCCUCUGGAAGAGUGCCAGGAGCUGCAGAGGCUCCAGCAGUCUGUCGCCAAACUUGGAGUGCUCAGCGAGCAGUUGCAGGAGAAAUGCAGGCAGAUCCAGUUUGGGAGAAUACUGAGGCCACAGGGAAAUCCCAAACAGCAAUGGAGGGCCCAGCACUGCUUGCUGAGUGAGGAAUGCCCUCCUGACGAGUGCCAGGAGCUGCAGAGGCUCCAGCAGGCUGGGGCCAGACUUGUAAUACUCAGCGAGCAGGCUGCAGGAUGA